CGUGGUUCAGUUUGCUGUGCAAAGUCCAGGGGAGAUAACCACGCUGUGCACACAUGAGAUUGGCUGACUUGGCAGGACUGUGCAAUUGUCAAAAGGCCAUGGGGAGUGGGGGCCAGUGCCUGCACCCUACCCUGCCUCUCUCACAGGCCCUUAGAGCGUCGCCAGGUGCAGAGCCCCACAGCUCUCUUUCCCAAGGAGUAAUCAGAGGGUGAGAACCUGGAGCCUGGUGGACAGGUGAAAGCACUGGGAUCUUUCUGCUCAGAAAGGGGAAAGUUGCACAUUUAUAUCCUAGAGGGAAGCGACAGCGGUGCUCCUCCCUGUGCUGAGGUACAGGAGCCAUGUGGCUAGAAAUCCUCCUCACUUCAGUGCUGGGCUUUGCCAUCUACUGGUUCAUCUCCUGGGACAAAGAAGAAACUUUGCCACUUGAAGAUGGGUGGUGGGGGCCGGGCACGAGGUCCGCAGCCAGGGAGGACGACAGCAUCCGCCCUUUCAAGGUGGAAACAUCAGAUGAGGAGAUCCACGACUUACACCAGAGGAUCGAUAAGUUCCGUUUCACCCCACCUUUGGAGGACAGCUGCUUCCACUAUGGCUUCAACUCCAACUACCUGAAGAAAGUCAUCUCCUACUGGAGGAAUGGAUUUGACUGGAAGAAGCAGGUGGAGAUUCUCAACAGAUACCCUCACUUCAAGACUAAGAUUGAAGGGCUGGACAUCCACUUCAUCCACGUGAAGCCCCCCCAGCUGCCCGCAGGCCGCACCCCGAAGCCCUUGCUGAUGGUGCACGGCUGGCCCGGCUCUUUCUACGAGUUUUAUAAGAUCAUCCCACUCCUGACUGACCCCAAGAACCAUGGCCUGAGCGAUGAGCACGUUUUUGAAGUCAUCUGCCCUUCCAUCCCUGGCUAUGGCUUCUCAGAGGCAUCCUCCAAGAAGGGGUUCAACUCGGUGGCCACCGCCAGGAUCUUUUACAAGCUGAUGCUGCGGUUGGGCUUCCAGGAAUUCUACAUUCAAGGAGGGGACUGGGGGUCCCUGAUCUGCACUAAUAUGGCCCAGCUGGUGCCCAGCCACGUGAAAGGCCUGCACUUGAACAUGGCUUUGGUGUUAAGCAACCUCUCUACCCUGACACUCCUCCUGGGACGGCGUUUUGGGAGGUUUCUUGGCCUCACUGAGAGGGAUGUGGAGCUGCUGUACCCCGUCAAGGAGAAGGUCCUCUACAGCCUGAUGAGGGAGAGCGGCUACAUGCACAUCCAGUGCACCAAGCCCGACACCGUCGGCUCUGCUCUGAAUGACUCUCCGGUGGGUCUGGCUGCCUAUAUUCUAGAGAAGUUUUCCACCUGGACCAAUACAGAAUUCCGAUACCUGGAGGAUGGAGGCCUGGAAAGGAAGUUCUCCCUGGACGACCUGCUGACCAACGUCAUGCUCUACUGGACAACAGGAACCAUCAUCUCCUCCCAGCGCUUCUACAAGGAGAACCUGGGCCAGGGCUGGAGGACCCAGAAGCAUGAGCGGAUGAAGGUCUACGUGCCCACUGGCUUCUCUGCCUUCCCUUUUGAGCUACUGCACACGCCUGAAAAGUGGGUGAGGUUCAAGUACCCAAAGCUCAUCUCCUAUUCGUACAUGGUUCGUGGGGGCCACUUUGCGGCCUUGGAGGAGCCGGAGCUGCUUGCCCACGACAUCCGCAAGUUCCUGUCGGUGCUGGAGCGGCAGUGACGCACCGACCCCCCGCCCCGCCACCUCCCGCCACAAGUGCCCUCCAGGCUUUUCUUGGGGAAGAUACCCCUUUUCUGAGGAAUGAGUUUGCCUCCGUCCCCUGCCCAUGGUUGGAGCCCACGCUCACCCCCUCACCCCUCCAAGCUCACUCCCCAACCCCCAACUCUGUGUGGUAAGCAACAUGGCUUUGAUGAUAAAUGACUUUACUUCUAA